AUGGCAUUACCCAACGGAGACCUCGGGAUCGACAGUUGCAAACAUGUUGGUAAUUUUCUGCCCAAUAGGAGUAAGCAUGUGGUUUGUCUCACCGUCACGGGCUGGUUGGGGGCGGAAAACAGGACCGUGCCCCGCAUGCUUAUCCCAGUGUUUCUUGUCCUACCAGUCGGCUAUGGGAUACGAGUUACACCCCGUGCCGUGCCGAUAGGAAUCGGGCGCCACUCAGCAGCAGGCAGGCAGUACUGCCCGCCUCUCGCCUUGGAUUCUACCCAGCUUCAAGUUCGGAACACAUUCGAGCCAAAUCAUAGUGAUCACUGUACAUUCAUUCAAAGUUCUGUGAUACUUCGUCAUUGCCAUCGACACCUGUUGUUUACGCGACCGCGACAUCUGGAGAUCUCUACCAUGGGCUUUGCCGAAAUCUUGCCUGCAGACCUGCUGUCUGCUGUCGGAGCCUUGGUGUCGUUGGGUCUCAUCGCUCUAGCUUACACGGCGCUCUUACAUCCCUUGAGAGACUACCCAGGUCCGCUCUUAGCGAAGCUCACCGAUGGGUACAGCGGAUACUUUGCCGCCAAAAAAUGUCUGCAUCUUAGGACGUACAAUAACCAUCUGAAAUACGGUCCGGUGAUUCGAAUGGCCCCCAAUCGCCUAGUGUUCAACACAGCGAGAGCACUGAAAGAUAUUUACCUGAAUCCAGGAGUGAAUAAAGCACAUAUUUACAAGCACACUCAGUUCAAUCCCCAGGUAAACAUCUUUGGAACAUUGGAUAGAGACCGACACCGACAGAAACGAAAGGUAUACGGGCAAGUUCUUUCGGACCGCUCGCUCCGUGCCUUCGAGCCAACCAUGAAUAAAGAGAUCGAUGUCUUCCUGAAGCAGCUCUUGAAUGCCCAAGGCAAGGCAGUAAACAUGUCUCCAGCUUUCGAGCGCCUCGCCACCGAUAUCGCUGGCCAGCUGGCCUUCGGACAGCCCCUUCAUACGCAAACACAGGCGAAGAACAGAAUAUUUCCCCGUGCUAUGAUCUCGAUGAACGCAGUAGUCAAUCUUUUCAGUAAGCUGUCUCCUGUCAUUGCUGAAAACUGUGCGACUGACCGCCUCGCAUUGGCCUGGCCAACUGUUUCAAUGAGUUGGCCUGUUCUUGGCCGACUCAACCGGAAAAAUGGCGCGAUAUUCGCCGAAGCAAUACAAGGCAUUAUCCAGUCACGCAUGGCUCUGGCCAAGGACGCAAAGCAUGACUUCUACUCGAUCGCGGCGGAUGACGUGAGCACAGAGGAGGGCCUCAAGCGCAGUGAGCUGUGGGCUGAGGCUGUUUUCUUUCUCCCUGCCGGUGGAACCACUAUCUCGGCAGCUCUAAGCGCCAUAUUCUUCUACCUCUCGCGAUACCCUGCCGUCUACGCCCGCCUCGCCGCCGAAAUCCGGACAAAGUUCGCCUUAGGUCGCGCUAUUCAGAGCGGACCGCAGCUGAACGGAUCCAAAUACCUCCGUGCAGUGAUUGACGAGAGCAUGCGGAUGUCACCCCCGUUUGUUGGCACGUUCUGGCGGGAACCCUAUUCGCCUCAUCACGAGCAGUUCGUGGUUGAUGGGUACGUAAUUCCGCCCGGGACUAUUGUCGGGGUCAGUCCCUACUCUGUUAUGCACAAUGAGGAGUAUUUUCCAGAGCCAUUUGCGUUCCGCCCCGAGAGGUGGCUGGAAUCCUACAUGGAGGAUGGCGGUACGGAUGAACCCAGUCCACAAAUAGAACAUCACGUAUCGAUGAUGCGUGCUGCUUUCGCCCCAUUUGCAUUAGGAGAGACAGGGUGCUUGGGGAAAGCGAUGGCUUACCAGGAAAUGAGUCUUGUCGUGGCGAGAACACUCUGGUACUUUGACUUUGAAAGGGCGCCUGGAGAGGCUGGCAAGCUUGGGGAGGGGGAGCCUGGCAGGACGGAUGGGAGGGGGAGGAAAGAGGAGUAUCAAUUGUUUGAUCUGGCUGUGUCAGAUCACGUUGGCCCGAACUUGGUGUUUCGACCAAGGGAGGAAUACUGGCAAGAGCUGGGUGUGGCUGGCACGGGAUUGUAG